GGAGCCAAGCGGAAGGGCCACAGCGGAGGCAGAGCGGAGCCAAACAGCGGGCAGAGCCGGAGCCAGAGCGGAGCCAGAGCGGAGCCAGAGGCGGAGCCAGAGCGGAGCAAGCGGAGCCAGAAGCGGAGCACAGCGGAGCCACAGCGGAGCCACAGCGGAGCCACAGCGGAGGCCACAGCGGAGCCACAGCGGAGCCAGAGUCGCGGAGCCACAAAGCGAGAGCAGAGCGGAGCCAGAAGCGGAGCCAGAGCGGAGCAAGAGCGGAGCCACCAGCGGCAGCCAGAGCCGGAGACAGAAGCGGAGCACGAGCGGAGCCAGAGCGGAGCCAGAGCGGAGCCAGAGCGGAGCAAGAGCGAGCCAGAGCGGAGCCCAGAGCGGAGCCACAGGGAGCAGGCGGAACCACAGCGGAGCCACAGCGGAGCCACAGCGAGCACAGCGGAGCACAGCGGAGCCACAGCGGAGCCACAGUCGGAGCAGAGCGGAGCCACAGCGGAGACCAGAGGGAGCCAAGCGAGCCAGAGCGGAGACCAAGAGCGGAAGCAGAGCGGAAGCCAGAGCGAAGCCACAGCGGAGCAAAGCGGAGCCACGCUCCCUCAACCAACCAAGCGGCUGCUAGACCCGCAAAUCACGAACGCGAGAAGACUUGCGAAUGCGGGCGCGGGGUCCCCCACGUCACCAGGAAGCGCGCUCCUCGUGGGCUGGGCGGAUUUCCCAGCACUUCGGUAUAUAAGCACCGACUGCCCCGCUACCAGCACCACGGCUGCGGCUACCAUGGCGACUUCCUUCCCCGCGGUACUUCUAAAGACUUUUCUCCUGAUGACUUUGCUGGGCUUAGUUGUAACACAGUAUCGUUCAGGGUACUUGCCAAAACGACCAGUUGUCUACCCACGAUUCCUGGGUGAUGAAGAUGCCACAAUUGAUAAUCGUUUUGGUGGAGCAGCUACUACAGAUGGAUCGCUAAUUCAAGAUCAAGAUAUUCCUAAAGGAUAUGACCCGCAAAUGUGGAGGACAGUUGCCUCUUGGCCAAAGGAUAAACAGCCCUAUUGGUUUGUGAAUGCAAAACGCCCCAAUGCUGAGAAAUAACAUUCUUCCAAACAUUUUGUUUCACACUAACCAAUCUUUGUUGUAUUUAAAUAAAAUGCAAAAUAUUAUUUUUGCUUUUAAUUUAAUCCAUAUUGUUCAUGCUAUAGCAGCCUUCCUUCAUUUCAGUUUCCUUCUGAAUUAUUACUUCUAACGUUUGAUUUUAUUGACACAAGAGAUAUCAGGAAGAACACCCUGGCCAUAGUCACAUGUAAUUUUUAUACAUGUAAAGAAUUUUUUAAAAAAAGGACUUUCAUAACAAAGGUAAUUUGGUGACAUAAUUGGCAAUCAAGCACUUAUAAAACAAUAAACUCAACAUUCUUCCCUUCUGGUGUGCAUCUCCACACAUCUUCCACAAUUCUCUCCUCUGGUACCUUCAGAAUAAUAUGGAAAGUUCAAAGAAUAACACACCUUUUAAAUAGAAGUGUCAGUAGGAAUUUGAAGAGUAAAAUAAAAACAAGAUUCAUAAUCAGAGUAGUUACAUUCAUCACAGUCCUCAAAUACAGCGAAAAGCAUUUAGCUUAUAAAAUUGUAUAAAUCAUUCACUCCUUAUAGGGAAAGAGUACACACUGAUGUAUGCUAUUAAAAGGUGACGUUACAUACACUAAUUACACAUUGUAACAAAAAUUUGCAUUUGAAGAAAAGGAAAUGAUCUGCUAAUCUUCACUGGUACAAUACACCAUACCAACUAGCAAGAUGCAAUUUUUAAAGCAACAAAAACAAUCACUUCAAUGGCCUUUUCAAAAGACUUUUACUGAAGAAAAAGAGUCUUUUGUUGAAGUGAAGAUAAUCCUUUCUCAAACCACACCUAACCUCUGCACACACAGAGAAGAUCUGCACAAAGUUGUUAUGUACACAGUGAAGAAUCAUGAAUAUGUGUACUGCUAAUAUGAGAAGAAAAAAAAAGGUGUAUUUUUAUGCACAAUUCAGCAAAAAAAGUUAAAGCAAUGCCACCAUAAAUAAAACUAGAUUCACAAAAUUUGUAAUAGAAUGUCAGCUCUCAAUGUACCUGUCCAUAGUCAUAUAUAUUCAUAUUACAGAGUAGGUACUCUAUUUUACAUUCGUAUAUCAUCUUAAGAAAAUUAAUGACUGUUUCACUUUCUUCAUAUUGCGAUAACAAAAUUUCAAAAUGAGAUAUACAUUAAAUAUAAUAAAAAAUGUUCACAAACCAGAUUGUCUUUCACAUGCUAGUUUCUAUAUUAACAACUGAACAAAAAGUCAGUUCAGAACCAUGUGUAAUCCCUCGUGUAAUCCCUCAAAUAAAGUAUGUGAAAAGAAUUAUCCAAUCCUAAAAUCAAAGGUAAAAUGUUUGAAGUGUCUUUUUACAGACAUUACAGAAAUAGUAAUAUUAGUAGUAGUAGUAGUAACAAUAAUAAUGAUUAUGAUAAUAAUAAGAAAGAUCCGUUCCAUAAUAUUCACACAACUGUCAUAACAUUCACUUAACCAGCAAAUGCAUUAAUAUCGUAAUGUAAGUAUUGUAUUGAAGAUUAAGGUGAGAUCAUCCAAACAAAAUAAUUUCAUUCCAUCAUCUAAUGAUUAACCAAAACUUAUUAAUUUGGUGCAUUUAACAAGUCAGGUUUCAAGCUGACUUACUACUUCAUUACCUCCUCUGAAACCUUAGGAAGCAUACAAAUACAAUUUUUUGAUAAAUUAUUGUUCAUCACAAUCUUCUAAGAAUUAUUAAUAAUAACAAUAAUGUCCUAAAAACACUUUAUGAACUAUUGUUUUACCGAGGUGUUAAUCAAACUGGAAAAAUUAUAGUGCAUUAUAAAUUAAAAUUUUAAUAGUUUCAGAUUUGAAUUUUUAUUCUGAUGCUAUUUUGAAGCCUAUUUCAGGAUCUGAACACUUUCUUUUGCUUAAAAAUAGACACUUGCAAUCAAAAAAGAUUGUUCAAAGGAUUAACAUUUCUGUUGACCAAAACUCAGAAUACUUUUUAAUGGGACACAGGAAAACUUGAAAAGAUGAGGGCAGUAUAGAAUCACAACUCGUUACAUAGUCAGUUCAGUGUGUUCCAACAAAUUGUAAGAUCACUUUUAUUAAGGCCUCUCUGAAAGUAUUCUACUGGGGUGAAAACUGCAGUAAUUUGUCUUGCAUAGUUUAUAAUAAAAUGAAAUUUGAGAAAGGAAAAGUAUUUAUCAUUCUCUUUGGCUUGUAAAUAGGAGUGUGGAAACAUGGUUCUUUACAGUACACAUACGCAUAAAAAUUGUCUGGCUUGUAGCAAAAUAACAUCCAUAAAAAAGUUUCAGUAUCAAACACUACAAAUGCACAUUAUCUUAUAUAAUAGUUCAAUAAAGAACUAGUUAGUGAAGUGAUUAUUCUAUGUAAUACAUAUACAACAGUUAAAUACUGUACUCUAUGCUUUAAUUUAGUUUAGUGUACAAUAGUAAACAAAUAUUUUAAAAAAAUACAGUUCAAACAUUAUCCACUGAAUGAACUCAAAUUUUAAUGCGAUACAAUUAAGGUACUAAUAUAAAAUCUAUAAAACAAUUUCAUGGAAUGCAGUAAAUAAACUAUUCAACUACACAACAAAAAUAAACAAUUUUUGAAAUUCACAGACAAAUCUUACAAAAGUAGGAAUUUUUAAAAACUUGAAUUACCAAAUAUGACAAUUUGUCCUCUCAGGACAUUUUAAUACUAUUUUUAGGCCUCAAGAGAAAUUACUAUCAUAUCGAAUCAAAUGUUGGACAUUUCAUUACCUGAGCUUGCUUUAAGAGGAAUGAAGACAUUGAAACUAUGCAGCACACAUGGCUUUUCAGCACAAGAACCACAACCAUUUGAGACAGAAAAACAAUUUUUUUUUUUUUUGUGACAACUCAGUGAUCUCCAGAGAACCAUAAGACCAGUUUUAUAAAUAUUCCAGUUUUGUAAUCCAAAUAUCAUAGCAAACAUUAAAAUUAUAUUCUUGAUUUGAAAAUAACAUUGUAUCAUUAAAUGAUAUUUCCUAGAUAUGAUAAAAAUUAACAAAUUUUUUCAACAUAUUUCACACACCAGUGUUUUGUGAUGCUUAUGACCACUGAAUGGGAAUGUGCAUGGUAUAAAGAGUGUUCAGGAAUUUAAAUAAUUUUCAGUAUAUUCUGAACAAUAUAAUUCGAAUUAUUUCAUAAUAAAAUCUGAUUUUAAAGUGGAAUCCACUAAGUGAAUAAAACAACAACUACUGUAAUACAAUUAAAGGAAAUAUUUAUAAUAUUAAGAGAGUGCGUCAAACAUCAAUAAUCAAGAGCAAUUUAUAUUGAUAUACCACAAUUUAUAUAUUCCUUGUAACUUUUCUUACAAGGAAAUAUAAUAAGAUUAAUUACAUAAUGGCUUGACCACAAUAUUUGCUUAUUAUAUCAAUUAUACGAAUCUUUUCUUUUGAUAGACCAUGAAAGUAAUUGCCUUGAAAGUUAGGAUCCCAAUUAGUCUACAGCAAUAAUUAACACACAUGAAGCUCUCAACAAAGCCAUUAAAUGUUUCUUGGCAAUCCAUUAGUAUACAUAUUUGGCUUGACAUUUCAAGAUCACAUCAACAUUUGAAGCACUUAUACAGCAAUAUUUUUUUCUCACAGAUAAAUGGUUUACAAAAUUCACAACUUGUUCAAGUUACAUUAUAAAAAACAUUCAACAUGAAACAGUUGAAUGCAUUUAAUAACAAUUAUAGCAAAGUGUCGAAGAUUGAAUAUUUAUUUUAAGGUAUUUUUGAACACACUUUUUUAUUUUGAAAGUUUAAAUUAAGGAUAUUAAAAUUAAGGUGUAAUUCCUUGUGCACAAAUGACAAAUGCAAAUAAUUGGGAAUAAUGGAAUGUUUUGAAAAACAAGAUGCAUCUAAUGGGUUACUUCAUCUGAUACCCUUAUACUUAGCUUUCACUUGAAUUGGAAUCCUUGGAAGGCCAAUGAACUCAUAAAUUCAAAAAGAAAACAAAAGAUUUGCAGAAAAGGACUGUGUGUGGGAAGCACUAAAUGAUCCACAACUUUCAAUGAAAUAAAGUUUUUUCGAUAUUGUUUUCUGCACAAGAAGACAUAUAUGCAGAACAAACUGCACAUCAGAAUGUACAACAUUUAACAGUUACCUUCAGCAGUCAAUAAAUACUUGCAGAAUCUAGCCAGUAUUAGGAAAACAAAUACAAACAUUUUGAGCUGACCAAUUCCCAAACUAUCUACAAAUACAAGUUAAUAGAACCUCUGACUGUAACUUCACCUUUGACUUGCUAUAUUCACUAUUACACAAAAUACAGCUCAGUGGGCUGUCUGAUAGUCAUUUAUUCUCAAGCUAUUCUUCAUCUAUCAGUCUUAUCAUUGCCACAUUUAACAGUUGCAGUA